AUGCAGUUCUGGGAAGACGUGGACGAGGGGCUUGAUGGAAUCGAAAGCUUCUACGCAAAGCAAGGCCAAGAUAUUGAUCGCAUUCGGACAUUCAGUAAAAGAGCAAGGGGUGAUUUGCCAAAACCCGAAGGCUGCGGUCCUGGCCACAAGCCUUCUGAAGAGCAUAUUGAUGGCCUUACAGCAAAGCCCUUUUGGGACCUUAGCGAGAAUCCUGAAUUGUUUCCUUGGGCUGCUGAACUGGAAGCCAAGUCGGAUAUUAUCCAAGGAGAGCUCGAGGAUUAUCUUUUGAACCCAGCACAGCUAUUCAAGGCAGACAGCGCUGUUUCUGCGACGAUGGGCGAUGGAUGGUCGGCGGUAAGGCUGCAAAGACUUGGAAAAUACACAGAGAACGUGAAGAUAUUCCCUGGUACAUACCAGAUUAUAAAAAAGCUUGGAAUCCCGUUGGCGGUGCGAGGACUUUGUUUUGCCCGGCAAGCAGGAGGAAGUGGCGUUGCAGAGCACAGUGACGGUAGGAACUUCAUCCUUACGGCACACCUUGGCCUCAAGGUGCCUGAAGGCUGCUGGAUAAAGGUUGGAGAAGAGAAAAGAUCCUGGGAAUUGGGCAAGCUCACAACCUUGGACACAUCCUUCGUCCAUUCAACUGGAAAUUCUUCAAACGAAGAUCGACACGUGUUGAUAAUAGACUUCUGGCACCCAGAGAUCACGCCUGCGGAGCGUGCGGCCCUAGAGUUUGUGUAUGACUUGCGAAACAAAUAUGAAAGUGGUGUGAUUCCAUUGCGGAAACCAAAAGCCUUGCAACGACAAGAACAAGAGGGCGGACUUGCAUCUAUCUUUAACGUUUUUACAAAUGGAAAUGGAAAUAAAUAG